CGCGGCCACAGCGCCACCACUCAACAGCGCCACCACGAGGCCAUGUGGUGCGUUGCAGAGUCUUCAGUUACUACGGCAGCGUGACGUAAACUUCAACAUGGCGAACUGAGGCAAACUUUCACCAGUUCGACUCGUGUCUUCUGGUAGUUUUCCUGGGCGUACGACAAAUCGUUGGGUUCCUUGCGAGUGAAGGAUAGUGAGCUCAUCCAUGGCGAGGGCUUCUCCGUCCCGUCUGCCGGCGCUCCCUUCGGCCGAGGAGCGGGGCCUGGUUCCCGUACGCGGUGCCCGGAGCCCGCCCACGUUCCACCGGCUGGACGUGCUGGAGGACAGGCUGCUGCACCAGGAGAAGACGACCCAGUCCCUGGUGGACCGAGCCUUCCGUAUUAAGGAGGACCUGAUCGACAGUCUGAGUUUCACUAAGGGCACCCUGCAGGGGGAGCAGACAGCCAGGCAGCUGCUGGAGGACCACAUCAGGACCAUCACUGUGGUGGUCAAGAGGCUCAGUAGGGAGAUAGAGGUGCUGGAGGACCAGAUCAAGGCAAAGGAGUCGGAGAUCCAAGGCACCAACAUCACAGCCAAGAACCUGGAGUUCCAGCAUGUGGCAGGGGUCGGCGACCUCAGGGGCAGGGUCGCCAGAUGCGAUGCCUCUAUCGCCCGCCUGGCUGCGGACCUGCGCACAGUAUCAGAGUCUCUCCAGGCUGUGCACAGGGAACAGGCUAACAGCAGCGCCAUGCUGAGGAACAAGCUCGACAGGCUGGAGCAAUCGACCAGCGAGUUGAACAGCAGCCUGGGUAAGACAGCCACAGAGCAGAGCUCCAAACUGAAGGAGGUUGAGGGACAGAACAGCAGCCAGCUGGCCCUGCUGGACUCCAGAACCCGCGGGCUGGUGGAGGACAUCCGAUCCUCCAUCGCCUCCAACCACCGGUACUCGGAGGGGGAGAGGGAGCGGCUGGAGCACCACCUGCUGAACAGGAUCGAGCUGUCGCACCACGCUAGGGACGUCAGACAGGCACAAUUUGAGAAGAGAGUAGAGGACAAAAUCGACAAGUUGGCCACGCGGCUGAACAAGCUUGAGGAGGAGGUCUUGCGCCAGGCUGAGCGCGCCAAGGCCGACACGUUCGCCCAGACCACCAAGACUCGCAUGGACCGCCUGGAGAGGCUGCAGAGAGAGGAGGUGGAGAAGCUGCGAGCGGAGCUGCACCACGGGUUUAAGGACGUGCACCACAGCAUGAGCUCCAUGAGAUCUGUGAUGGACGGAAAGAGAGAGCUGCUGAAGGAGGAGCUGCAGAAGGAGCUCGGCCAGGUCAGGAAGAUGGUGGUGCUCAUCUAACAGAAGGAUCGAUGUUUUUUUUAAUUUGGCGUAUUAUUUGCCCAUACUUACCCAAUCUUUGAGUAAUCUUCAAGCUGGUGUGUUACGCCAAAGGGCGGUAGUACCGGCUGUAUAGAUAAAGAUACAUCCAGAAUGAGGCUGUUUUACGUGCUUGAGGUACCUCCUCGAGCACGGGACCCCCGUUUUACGUCCUUUCCAAAAGACGAAUUCGUGAAUUCUUGGCUGGGCUACAGCAUCCGGUCACCUUGGUGGUCUCCCAACCAAGUACUGACUGGACAGCACGUUGCUUAACUUCGGAGAUUGAUGGGAUCACUGAGCAACACCACAGUGACCGAUAAUGGAUUUAUGUCACCUUUGAUUUAAUAAGAAUAUGAUGUUAGAUGAAAGACAACAGAGUACACAUUACAUAAACUGUUGGCUGAUGUUCAGUUUUUGUUGUACGGUCACAGCCUCUGGUGGAAAGGAUAUGAAAUCCCUUACUCUAGAAUUCAUUUUGAAUGAAACUUCUCUAUUUAUAGUAACACUGGCAUGAAGGAAACCCUACAUUUCAACUCAUUAUUGGAUAUACAAUGGAAUUUUUUUUGCGUGAUAUUCCUAACAUGAUUUUAUAGCCAGAGAUAUAUUUGACUAUAUACUUAAAGAAUGACCGCUAUAAUUACAUUUAUAUGUACAGUUGAAGAGUAAUUCUGUGUGUUAAUCUUCUUUCUGAUGUUAUUGUACAAAUGUUAAUGCUCUGCCAUUUUUUUAUUUUUGAGACAACUGUUGUAGAGAAAGUUCAAGCAUUGGUUUUGAGUGUAAAACAAUAUCUAUAGGAAUAUAGUCACAUGAAAACUCAGAACGAAUCAUAAUGAUUAUACUAUAAUUAUAGUUCAAUAAGUCAAUGAAAGUAUGUAAUCUAUUUUUCUGUAAUAUUCAUGUCAACAAAGAACAUGAUACAUUAUAAAAUACAUAUAGAAUUAAGAUUUGCUUGGAGGCAUUGACUAAAUUUGUACUGCAUUUGAUCGUCUCAAAGUAGAGAAAAAUAUUUUUAUGUGUUGAUGAAAAUAUGUGCCUUCGUUUCUCGUUAAUCUGUAUCUUAUAAUGUAGACAAGGACGGGUGUACAUGUACAAUGUCAUGUAUAUAGGACCACAUGUUGUACAUAUUAUAUUCUGUGGAACAGAAUUCAUUGUCAAACCUUAAGUAGGUUUUCCCUUUGAUUCUAUUUUUGAUAUCAUUAGUGUUUAAAUUGUUUUUUGACUUGCCUGAGCUUGGUGGCUAAAGUAGUACCUUAAUACUUUCCUGGAAUAAUUCUAUCAGGUCUUAAAAUCACAGGGUAAAAAGGUUAUCAAUACAAACC